CAAGGCAGCCCCUGUGUGUGGUGCUGGGCUCUUAGGCCAUGCAGUUUUAGUGUCCAGUUCUGGUUCUGCCUUUCUCACAUUCAGUUGCUCCUUCCCUUCAUUCUCCUCAUUCCUCUUUGUUAUAAACUAGUCUGCUGUGCAGGUUGUUUCUGUUCCAUCAGCAUGCCUCACAUUGGGCAUGAUUUUACCCAUGGGCUUGGGUUUGAUGGAAUCUGUCCCAUCUCAGCCCAGUUGGGCCGUCCCAGUUCAAACAGAUGUGGUGUUUCUCUGAGCCUGUAGUUGCUCCAGGGUUUCUCUGUCUUCUGGGCAGGUGUCUCUUGGCUGUCCUGGAUGCAGCACCCAGUGUCUCUGUGGGGCACACAUCUCUUGCUCCUGGCUGCUCCCUGUGUGUGGUACCCAGCAGAGGCAGCUGCCCUGCUGUCCCCAGCCAGAGUGCCCUCUGCUCUUUGGGCAUCGUCCUGUUCCUGCCUUCCCUGCCUGCUGGGGCACAGAGGCCUCUCGAGGGGCACUCGAGGCUUUCCUGAGUGUCCUGCAGGGCUGCAGCCCCUCUGAGCCAGCAGAGGGUGCAGGGUUUGGUGCCUGUUUGGGGUUGUGCCUGUUGCUGCCCAGCAGAGGCUGUGACUGGCCCUGGGAGCAGCUGCAGACUGGGCUCUGGCUGUGGCUGCCCAGGAACAGGAGCAGCCACUUAUGCAGGGAAGUUCCUGCAGUGUGGGAAAGCCCUGCAGGUGCCUGACCCGUGCAGGGAGGGGGCACUGAGCUGCACACACAUCUCAGGGCCAAGGCAGCUGGAGCAGAGCCCAAAGGAAGGACUUGCUGGCAGGACUUGGUGUGGUGCAGCAUGAGGGGCUCCUCCUCGCCACAGUCAAAAAAUCUGAGCUCCCAGGGAGCCACUGCCAUGGGAGGAUGGAGCAUCCAGGACAAUUGUCUUGGCAGGUGCUGGCAGGGAGUGGGGCUCAUCUGUGGGAGCAGGGGAGGGUUUGUUUUCUGGGCACAGUUGCAGUGUGCAGUCAGGGCUCUGCUUCACCAGCCCUUGAGACAUCCCAGCUUAAUGCAGGGAGGAGAAUAAUGGCUCAGCAGCUGUGUGCAGCCACAGGCACUGCCAGCAGCACAGCUGGAAUGGAGGAAGGGUCAGGCAGGUCCCACUGUUGUGCUUUGCAUAAGCUGACCCCUGAGGUGAGGCAUUGGGAGUGGGAGCUUUCUAAAGUCUGAGCUCUGGUUUGGGGCUUGCUCAUGCCUUGCUGGUGUUUAGGAGUGUUGGCAGGGGUUUUCCUCCUGAGCCCUUUCCCUGUCUCAGUUUUCCCAAGUCAAAACCUGUCUGCAUCUGGUUUGGGUUUCAGUAAACUUCAGAUGCUAUUUUUUGCCACCUCUACCUUUCUGUGUGCGUGAAAAACAGCACUCCCAUCUCCCUUGCUAUGUUUGGGGAACGUGGGCAAUUUAGCAAAUAGAAGAUGGGCAGUGCCUAAAAGCAACCAUGUAGCCAAAAUAAAACAUGGGUAGGAUGUGAGUUCUCCAUGGGAUGUGGGUCAGUGAUGGGCUGAUCACACUGGGGACUGCCAUGUGGGAAGCAGUAUGUGCACUGAGCAGGUCAUAAACAAGUUACAAGUUACAGAGACGUGCAAUUUCUUUAAUUCUAGGUUAGCUUUAAGCUGCUGCAGGCUCCUUUUGGAGAGCAAUUCCAUGGUGUGUGUGGCCCCCAAAGAUCCCUCAUUGUUUUACAUCAGGCAGCUAUUGACACAGGUUCUGGCUCUGCAGACUUAGUUAAUUACUCUGCUUCCUCAAAUUCCUACUGCAAGAUGAAGGUGGAUUUAAGGCUGUUUUGUUUAUUCUGAAACAGAGCUCUAAACCAGAGCUGGAAAAGUUCAGCAGAAACAGACAGUACUAAAAAGCCUGUUAUCAGACAAGGCCUGCAUGGCACAGGCUCUGCAGUGGGGCAGAGGCAGUGCAGAAAGCUGCCAUCCUUAUCCAGCAGCCCUGGGGUGUGUGCUGUGGUUGGUUUGUCAUGGGGAUGUCAGUACAGAUUAGGGUUUCUCUUUCUUUCCAAGCCCCCAACAUGCAGAGAACCAGGAGUGUUCCCACAUUCUAUUUCUGGAUUUCUCUCAGCCCAGCUGCAGGGUUGAGUUGUGAUUUGUGGGGCAGGAAGGCCUGUGGAGUUUUCCUAAACUACUGCUGUGCUUCUUGGAAAGGGCCCUUCUGUAAUUGCAGCCUGAGCCGUGGCUUUGAGGAGCUGCAGAUGCAAACCCAAGGGGUGAAGUCAAACCCGAACAAUCUCUGUGUGCUUCUUGAAGGAAAGAUCCACAUGAGCUUUGUCCUGCAGCCAUGGGGAUUCUGCCACAGUCUCACCUUGGCUGUGCUGGUGUGUGUGGCAGCAGAACACUUGUCCCAUUCCUGGGAGUGCUCCAGACCUGACCCAGGACAGCAGAGCCCAAGUGAAAUGGGCACCAUGUUCCAGGCCAAAACCAAAAGGGAAUUUUUCUUCCAAGCCUCACCCCAGGUAAUCCUUGAAACUUGACUGCCUAGGAAAUCAGUGCUGCUUUGCCUUGUUUGGGGUUACUCAGAGGCACUUGAUUCUGCUGCUCUAGCUGAUGAGAGCAGGUAUUUCUGCCACUGUAGCUGCUGUGUCCCGUGCAGCCCCAGCUCUGCUCUCUGUGCUGUCCCUGCCCAUUGCUGGGUCUGUGCUGCAGUGAGCCCCUUUGCUGGCUCUGGGGCCACAUGAAGCAGUGCUGUGGCUCUGAGGCUCUCCUGGCUGGUGAGGCAGAGCCCUGUGUGCUGGCACAGACAGGAUGAGUGUGUUCCUGGCCUCCACAGCUGCAGCCUGCCCUGAAGAAGGCUCAGGCUGCCUCAGCGGUGGUGAGGAUAAUGGAGUGUGUCCCACAGCAACGUGGCUUUCUGCCUCCCAGCCUGGUGACUGAGCAGAGGGGAGCACAGAGGGGCUGAGCCGCAGGCAGGAUCUGCUGCAGAGGAACAGCCAGGGGCUGGUGGGUGCUGUGUCCCAUCAGGAAACUGAUGCAAGGAAGAGAAGACGAGGGUGAGGUGAGGUGAGGCUGGCAGCAGGAGUGGAAAUACUGGGUUGAAUCUCCAGCCUUGGUUCUCUUGGAUGCCUUGUCCUACUCAGCACCAGCUCUAGGACUGGAGCCAAGGUGGUGAGUCUUGUCUACCCCGAGCAUCUGCUGCGUGGCAGGAGGGAGCACCAAGUGCUUCUGGCUGCCCUGCCCUGCCAGGGCUGUGAGCAGCACUGUGAGGCCAGCAGGGAAUGUUCUUGGGGUGGCACAGAGCAGAUGUGGCUGCCCAGCCUGGGCACUGUGGCUUGGCAGCACUGACAGCAGGCACUGCCCUCGGCUGCUGCCAGGUGCAGGUUCAGGGUCCUUCUCUCCCUGGGGGAACCUCUUGGAAGCUGGACCUCAGUUUAUCUGUGAGUUGGAGGCAGAGACAAAGGCUGGAUGAUCCUGUGGCAGUGCAGUGCUGGGGAUUAACUGGCUCAGAGCUGUUCUGAGGUGUUCUAAGAGCUGGUUGUUCACAUCACAUUGGUGCCUGAUUCUCAUCCUGAGCUACAUCUCCAUGCCUGCCAAAGUUUUUCUACUGCUACACAGGAAGAUGUGUUUUCAGCAAAGGCUUCCAUGUGGAAGACUGAAAAAAAUUAAAUAAAAAGUAACUCCAAGCUUGGAACGGUGUUGCCAGGGAGAAUGUUUACAAGGAAGCAGCCUGAUAAACAAGGAAAAUCGGUGACUUGUAAAGAGGUGAAAUUGUACAGUGUGGCAACAAUUCCCAGCUUGUCAGAGCCUCACAGUGGUCACAGCCACCUCAGGCUGACUGCAGAAUCUCCGUUUUUACAGGCAGCCUCAGGAAAGCAGGCUGGACUGAAAAAGUAACAGAAUUAUGUGGAAGUUGUCUGAGUCACUGACCCUACAUCUCCACAAGUUCUUUCAGGGCACUGCCGUGAAGGAGGACCAGAGAGGCUGCAGCUGAGAGGAGAUCUGCCCUUUCUGGUCACCAAGGGUUUCAGAUCUCCUCCCCUAGCCUCUCCCAGUCUUUUGUACUUUCUGUGCUAAUCCAUCCAGUGCAGCAUACACUGACAGAGGCAGGAGCUGGAAAGCCUGCUCUGAAAGUCUCUGAAUGCUGCUGGACCAGCUGCAGGCAUGAACUUGAAACCUGUGCUCAUCCUCCUUGGUCUGGCCUUAGCCACGAUCUUCGCUUUGGUCUGCGUGCUGCUGACCAGAGAAAGGAGCCCCAGAAGCUGCCAGCACGUGCCCCCGGAGCAGGAGGAGAUGGAGGAUGGCCAGAGCCUGGUGUUUGCUGACCUGACGGCCGAGGAGAUGUCCCAGGUGGUGCGGUACCUGCAGGGCCACCUCGGGGUGCCGCUGGUGGAGGCGUCCCGUGCCAAGCCCUCGGAGAACUGCAUCGCCUGGGUGGAUGUGCAGGUGCCCGCCAAGGCAGAGGUGCUGCAGUUCCUGGACUCAGGGGGGGCUCGUCCCCCCCGGGAGGCUCUGGCCGUGCUGUACUUUGGGAAGCAGCCAGAGCCCAACAUCACCGAGCUGGUGGUGGGGCCGCUGCCGAGGCCGGCGUACCACCGGGACGUGACGGUGCAGAAGUACGGGGGGAAGGUGCCCUACCACCGCCGACCCACGCUGGCUGUUGAAUACAAGCAGAUUGGAGGGUUCCUGAAGAACCAAGUGUUCCCCUCAGCUCCAGCUUUCAUGCAGCAAGUAAUGGAGUAUGAUGGAGCCAAUCUUGCCACCGUGACAGCUGCUCCUCGUGGGUUCCAGUCUGGGGAUAGGGUCACCUGGUUUGUCCUGUUCCAGAACGUGAGCGGGUUCUUUUUGCACCCCGUGGGGCUGGAGGUGCUGGUGGACCACAGCAGCCUGGACAUCUCGGAGUGGGCGGUGAGCAGGGUGUUCUACAACGGGCAGUACUACAGGGACAUGGUGCAGCUGGAGAGUGCCUACGUGCAGGGUCGGAUCAGCGUGGAGAAGGUGAGGAAGGCGCCGCGGGACGGGGACUUCUCCUCCAUGAAGCCUCGAGCGCCCGCGGCCGCGCUGUUCCCGCUGCAGUUCGAGCCGCAGGGUCCCCGCUACAGCGUCAGCAACAACCAGGUGCUCUUCCAGGGCUGGAGCUUUGCCUUUGGGAUGAGCGUGAGCACGGGCCUGCGGCUGUUUGACAUCCGACACAAGGGGGAGAGGGUUGCCUAUGAGAUCAGCGUGCAGGAGGCGAUGUCGGUGUACGGCUCCAACUGCCCGGGCGGGAUGUCCACGCGCUACAUGGACGGCAGCUUUGGCCUGGGGCGCUACACCUCCCCCCUGGUGCCAGGGGUGGACUGCCCCUACCUGGCCACCUACGUGGACACACUCUCUCUGUCUGACAGCCUGAGGCCCAAGAAGAGGAAGGCUUCUCUCUGCAUCUUUGAGCAGAAUCUGGGCUCCCCUCUGAGGCGCCACUACUCCAACUUGCAGUCGCUCUACUACGGGGGGCUGGUGAACUCUGCCCUGGUGCUUCGCUCCAUCGCCACCGUGGGCAACUAUGACUACGUGUGGGACUUCAUCUUCUACCAGAACGGGGCCCUGGAGGGCAAGGUGCAGGCCACAGGGUACCCAAGCUCGUCCUUUCUCCAUGGGGAUGGCCUGAGAUAUGGCAAUAGACUUUGGGAGCACACCCUGGGUACAAUACACACCCAUUUUGUCAACUACAAGGUGGACUUGGACGUGGCAGGGGUGAAGAACUCCCUCAUGGCCCAAGACAUGGCGUUUGAGAUGGCACGGGCUCCCUGGAGCCCAGAGCAGCAGAUAGAGCGGCCACGGCUCACCAAGAAAGUCCUGGACACAGAAGACCAGGCUGCCUUCCUGCUCCACUCCAAGAUGCCCAGAUACAUCUACUUUGCUGCCAACAGCAAAAACAAGUGGGGCCACCAGCGUGGCUACAGGAUCCAGAUCACCAGUUCUGCAGGGGACCACAUCCCUGAGGCCAGCUCCAUGGAGAGGGCCAUCAGCUGGGCAAGGUACCAGCUGGCUGUCACCAGGAGGAAGGAGGAGGAGCCCACCAGCACCAGCAUCUACAACCAGAAUGACCCCUGGACACCCACUGUGGCCUUUGCUGACUUCAUCAACAACGAGACCAUCACCAACCAGGACCUGGUUGCCUGGAUAACUGCUGGCUUCCUCCACAUUCCACACUCUGAGGAUAUUCCCAACACUGUGACCGUGGGAAACUCGGUUGGUUUUCUCCUGAGGCCCUACAACUACUAUGACCUGGACCCCUCUAUAUACUCCCAGGAUGGUGUGUUUUUCACCAGUGAGCAGGACUUUACAGCAUGUGAAAUCAACCCUCUUGCCUGCUUGCCCAAAACUGCCUCCUGUUUGCCAAAUUUCCCCCCGUUCACUUUUGAUGGUUUUCAAAAUAUGAGCAGGCUUUAAUGCUACAGGAUGCUGAAGAGAUGUGGUCAGAGACACCAGGCUGACUGUUCUGUCUCCAAUUUUCAGCUUUUUAGUGAAGUUGUCUCAAUUUUCAGUUGUCCAGUGACUUCACAUUUUAUCAUUGCUUUUGAAAUAGUGCUCUUGAAAAGGGAAACAUGAUUUUCCUGGUAUGAUGUGAGAUGGAAGUCUAUGUUAUCUGCCAAUUCCUGAAUUUGAGUCUAUUGCCAGAGGAAAGUGAGGAGAGAAUCCUGUUCCUCUGCUGUAGAAGCAAGUGCUGUGUAGUGCAUAUCUCAGGUUGAAAUAAUCAAAAUGGUGCUGGUCCAA